AUGGAAAACAGGACUAGUGAACCUACCCGUGAAAGCUGCGAUGAAAUCCGGACAGAGAUUUUAGUGAGAAUUGAGCGGUUAGCCAAAACUGCACUAAAUGGCAAGAACUUUAUCAAAGUUGUGAAUGAGCACGCCAUAAGCCCAAUAAAUUAUUACGUCGGGAUGCUCAAGCUGGAGCCAGAAGACUUCAAGGCUAUAGACCACGAUAUCAGACAGCUACUAAUCAAAUACAAAGUUCACAAGCAAUCUGCAUGCUUGGAAAGACUGGACCAGCCAAGGGACGAGCUCGGAUUUGGCCUUCGUAAUGUUGAUACAUUAUGUUCUUGUAGAUACCGCACCCAUUUGUACACAAGGGCAGAUUUUGAAGCAGGAUAA